AUGACAGACAUGUUAUCCAAUAUACUCUUCUUGACUAUCCUAGUCUCCUCAGCAUUAGCUUCUGUUGUCCCCAGGGCACAAAAUGAAUCCAGUGGUACAGACAACAAGCUAGUCUUCUGCCAUUUCAUGAUGGGCAUCACCAGCAACCGAAAGAACGCCUCCGACUACGACGAUGAUAUGAAGCGCGCGAAGGCGCUGGGGAUUGACGCGUUCGCGCUAAACAUCGGCGUAGACUCGUACACCGACACCCAGCUCCAGUAUGCAUACGCAUCGGCUGCCCAAAACGAUAUGAAAGUCUUCUUAUCGUUCGACUUCAACGGGUACCACAUUGGCCAGGCUAGCGCCGUCGGCGCAAAGAUCAAACAGUACGCAAAUCUACCGGCCCAGCUCAGAGUAGACGGCAAGGUCUUUGCGUCGUCGUUUGUGGGCGACGGUCUUGACAUUGCGGCCAUGACGGCCGCUGUCGGUACAGACGUCUUCUUCGCGCCCAAUUUUCACCCCGGUCAGGGCGACUUCAAGGCCAUACAAGGCGCCCUGAACUGGAUGGCUUGGGACAGCAAUGGGGAGAACAAGGCUCCGACAGCGGAUCGGAACGUGACCGUCGCUGAUGGAGACAAGGCGUAUAACGACGCAUUGGGUGGGAAGCCGUACAUCGCGCCUGCCUCCGGCUGGUUCUUCACGCACUUUGGCGGCGAGGCGUCGUACAGUAAGAACUGGGUGUUCCCCUCCGACCGCCUCUGGUUCGACCGCUGGCGACAGAUCCUCGAGCUCGCUCCCCGAUUCGUGGAGAUCAUCACCUGGAACGACUACGGCGAGUCGCAUUACAUUGGCCCACUGGCGUCUCCGCAUACCGACGACGGGGCGUCGAAAUGGGUGAUGGACAUGCCUCAUUCCGGCUGGCUGGAGAUGUCUAAGCCGUUCAUCGCAGCGUACAAAGCCGGAGAUACAUCGGUCGACAGGUACAUCAAAGACGAGAAGUUGAUCUACUGGUACCGGCCCACGCCGAGAGAUAUCGACUGCGACUCGACCGACACGACGGUGACAGGCAGCCCCGGCAACGCCAGCGGCAAUUUCUUCCGCGGCCGGCCGCACGGAUGGGAAUCCAUGCGCGAUGAAGUGUUUGUUGUUUCGCUGCUCACGGCGCCGGGCACGGUCGAGGUGACCUCGGGCAGCAACACGCACCGGUUUGACGCUGAGGCCGGAGCUCACGCCUUCUCCGCGCCGAUGGGAAUCGGACCGCAGAAGUUCGCGCUCAAGCGGGAUAACAAGACCGUCAUGGCCGACACGAGCCUCAAAGACAUCGUAGACACUUGUGUCUGUGGCGUCUACAACUUCAACGCUUAUGUGGGCAUGGUCCCGCCGGAGAAGGACAUUGACCGGCUGCAGCCCGAUGGACUGGUCAUGCUGACCCAAGGGCUGACGGUGCCCUGUCCGACCAACACACUGGGCGCGCGUCCCCGUGCGACCUCACUGCGUGAUUUUGUCUGA